ACAAGUGAAUGGCGUGAGUUUGGUCACGUUUCCUGUCACUUUCCAGUUUGUUUACAAAAUCCCCUAUAAGGUUAUAUCACAAAAUUGACAGUUCGUAAAGUGCGGUGUGACAUUGGCUAUUUAAAUAAGCAAGUGACUAAUAUGAAGGGAAUAUUUUCGAUGUAUUAAAUCUAAACUGCAUGAAAUGUCGCUAACUUUUCCAUUCCGACUGUUACAUAAAUCAUUCUGAAAAUUCCACAACUAUGACCAGGUUUUUUGAGCAAACCACGAUUUUUAACUACACCUGGGACCAAGUGGCUCAAGGCUUUUGGAAGCGAUAUCCAAACCCCAACAGCAAACAUGUGCUGAGUGAAGACACAGUUUGUCGUGAUGUGCGUUCAGGGCGCUUAUUUUCCAUACGGUUGCUCAGCAAAACCAACCCAAUUCCAAAGUGGGCAGAGAGGUUCAUCACCUCCAAACAUGUCCACAUUAUCGAAGAAUCAAUUGUUGACCCAGUGAAUAAAGUCUUUAUUACGUACACCCGGAACCUUGGCUACACCAAAGUCAUGAGCGUUACAGAGAAAGUUGUCUACCACCAAAGUGAUGACCAGCCUGGGAAGACCAUAGCUGUGAGGUCUGCCUGGAUUGAUUCCCAGGUCAGAGGUUUUAGCCGAGCAAUCUGUGCAUUUGGGUACGAAAGGUUCAAGAAAAAUUGCUCCAAAAUGGUGGGAGGGUUCAACCAUGUCCUUGCUAGCAUGUUUCCACUACAAAGCACUGUUACCACAACUCAUGCCACGAUAACAGCGACCAGUAAAUUGAAAGAUGCGGCUAAAAACGCCUCCGAACUUGCGAAAUCAAAGGCAGCCCCAAUUUACGCGUCUUUGCACCCCAAUCAGUCCUAAAUGUAAGACAAUGUUAUUAAAACUGGUCAACUUAUUAGAAAAUUGUAUCAAUGUUGUGUAAGUGUAACUAUUCCAUUUGCUGAUUUUAUUCAGUUUUUGAUACUUUUUUUAUUCCAAAAAACAUCUAGCUAAGAACUUAUUACGUACGAGGGCACGAUUUAACUGUUUUUAUGGGACUAGAACCGAUUUGUUUCCUGUAUAAUUAUCAUGAAAAUAUAUUUGUUGUAAUUGGAAUUAAUAAAACGUUAGCUUUAA